UCGACCCAAAGAUCAUGUCAUUUAAGGGAAUGGCUCCACUCUGGAUUGUGUUAUUUCUUGAAAUAUUUCCAGCCUAUGCUGAGGAUUUUAACCCAUCAUCAUUUGUCUCAGUGAAGUCUGGAGAACGUCUUACUCUGAACUGCACAUUUCGAGAUCAACACAUUAAAGAACUUAUGGUUUGGUACAAGCAAAAAUUUGGACAGAUGCCUCGGGAAGUGGGGAAAACAACAGGACUUAAAGACACCCAAAUGUCACCUGAGUUCAGCUCAGGAUUUAAAGUAGAUGAGAUCUUGAAUGGCAUUUCUUUAACAAUUCUUCGGACCAACAAAGCUGAUGAAGGACUGUAUUUCUGUGGAGUAUAUAGUUGGGGCAAAUUAAAGUUUUCCAAUGGAACAUUUGUAGCCGUGACAGAUGACAGAGAUGUAAAAGUGUCAGUGUUGCAGCGCGGCAUGUCGGACUCGGUUCCUGCAGGAGCCUCAGUGACUCUGCAGUGCUCGGUUCUCUCUGAGAACAGAGCAGCAGAACUCCAAGUGCUCUGGUUCAGAGCUGCUCCACCACAAUCCCAUCCUCAAAUCAUUUACACUCAUCACAACAGCAGCCAUCAGUGUGAGAGCGGCUCUUCUACACACACCUGUGUGUACAACUUCACCAAGAACAUCCUCAGCCUCAGUGAUACUGGAACUUACUACUGCGCUGUGGCCCUGUGUGGGAAGAUCAUAUUUGGGAACGGGACACAAGUACAUAUAGGUGUGAAUAAGUUCACUGAGCAACGUUUCAAGGGAUCAGAUUCUGUAGUGAUCUGCCUUGCCGUAGCAUUGGCAGUGUGUGUGGUAGCAAAUUGUGCUCAAGUUGUUUUAUACUGUAAGAAACAAAACACAGUGAGACAUCUACAAGGUUCAUUAAUGGAGAAAGCAAACAAUCAGGGCCGUGAUGCUGUGGAGCUGAAUUACGCUGCUCUAAAUUUCAGUGAGAGGAAAAUUCAAAGUGGAAGAGCCAAAAAAAGACAUCAUCAAGAUACUGUUUAUUCUGAUGUGACAUACACUCCUGCUACUUAGAUUGCUGUUACAUUGUAUUGCUAAUUAUUAUAAAAAUUAUUUACAGUAUUUAAAAGCAAUGUUUGAGUCAAAUGAAUGUAAAGGUGUUUUCACAUCAUCAAAAAAUAAAUAAAUAAAAUAAAACAGAAGAAAACAUAACCAUGGAAGUGCAACCUUAAAAGAUCCAGUUUAUUCUGAAGUCCUAAAACUCCAUGGUAUUUAGAUAAUAAUCAUUAUUUUUGUUCAUUUUUUUUUUAUUGUAAUUGUCUGUGUAUAUCUUUACUCAGAUAGCUCGUAUUGUUUUCUACUAUGCAACAUCUCAUAAAUCACAAAUUUAUACUGUCAAUUAUUCUGGUCAAGCUACCACUCUCUGUAAGUAAUUGAAAAUGAAAAUAAUAGGCUUGAUUGUCUAUAUGUAACUUGU